UGUCUACCCUCUUUCCCACACCCCCACCUGCUGCCAGUCAUCAUGCCUCGGGGCCAAAAGAGUAAGCUUCGUGCCCGCGAAAAACGCCGCCAGGCUCGAGAGGAGCCCACUGACCCAGUGGAUGCUCCUGCCACUGCACCAACAGAAGAGUCCCAUUCUUUGCCAUCGCCUCAUUUCAAAGAUGUGCCCUGGAGCCCACCUGCCACUGGAACACCCAGCAGUCUUCAGGUGUCUGCCACCACUUUAGCUGCAGCUGUUUCAAACAUAAGAUUUAAUGAAGGUGCCAACAAUCAAGGCGAGGAAAUGCCAAAUGCCUCACAGGCCCAGGAUACCACUGAGCACUGGCCCCAAUGCCCUAUAGAUAAGAAGGUUGCUAUGUUGGUGUACUACCUGCUGUACAAGUAUCAAGUGAAAGAGCCCAUUACCAAGGCAGAUAUGCUGAGAAAUGUAAUCCAGAUGUACAAGAAUCACUUCUGUGAGAUCCUCAGGAAAGCCUCUGAGCAUUUGGAGCUGGUCUUUGGCCUUGACGUGAAGGAAGUGGAUCCCAACAGGAAUACUUAUGUCCUUGUCAACAAACUGGAACCAAGCUAUGAUGAGAAGCUGAGUGAUGACAGAGAAAUUCCCAAGACCGGUCUGCUGAUGACUGUUCUGGGCGUGAUCUUCACGAAGGGCAACUGCGCCACUGAGGAGCAAGUCUGGGAAGUGCUGAAUAUGAUGGGUGUAUAUGCUGGGAGGAAGAACUUCAUCUAUGGGGAGCCGAGGAAGCUCAUCACUGAAGAUUUGGUGCAGGAAAAUUACCUGGAGUACCGCCAGGUGCCCGAGAGUGAUCCUCCCCGCUAUGAGUUCCUGUGGGGUCCAAGAGCCCAUGCUGAAACCAGCAAGAUGAAAGUGCUGGAGUUUGUGGCCAAGAUCAAUGAUACGAUCCCCAGUGCCUUCCCAUCCUUGUAUGAAGAGGCUUUGAGAGAUGAGGAAGAGAGAGCCCGAGCAAGAGCUGCAGCCAAGGCUCGUACCGCUGCCAUGGCCAAUGUGCACUCCGGGGCCAUGACAAGCAGCUUUUCCUGCCCUAAGUGAAGGCUGAAGUAGAUUAUUUACUACGUGUUUGAAGAGAACAGAUAACGUUCUAAUUAGUGGAAGUUUGAGGUGGGGCUGGAGAAAACAGUGUUCGUGUUCCUGUUCUAUGUAAUAACUUAAAUUGGCCUAAAUGUUGCUCCUUUUAAUAGAUAGUUAAGUAGCUUCAGAAUUUGAGUUUAUGAAUAAUGUCACACAUUUAUUGAUGUUUAAGAGUUUAAGGUUUAAGAGUUUUACUGUUUCAUAGAACAGAUUGGGAGCUUUUCCAUCUUAUUUAGAUAAUUGGAAUAAGAUAAUAUGUCACUGGAUUAGGCAUUUCCUUGGAAAUGUGAAAGAAAUUGCAGUAAAAUGGUUGGGAUCAAGAAAUAGAGAAAAAAGUAAAAGGUGAUAAAUUUUUACAUUACCUUAUCACUUUUAGUCUUCUGUCAAAUUAAGAGAUAAAUAUUUGGAUGUGCUUACUUUAUUCAAGAAUGUAGUAUUAAUUAUAUCAUAAUAAAUUAGA